GGGGCUCCGCGCCCCGCGCCCAGGUCCCUCCCCCUCGGCGGCGCUCACAAGCCGCGCGGGCUGCGCACCCGGGAGCCCGGCGGCCUGCGCGCCCCGAGCCGACGGCAUGGACCCCGCGCAGCGCUGCGCGCCCUUCGGCUUGGCGCCCGGGCCCGACCCCUACGCGGCCGCCGGGGACGAGCCUCCGGGUGGCCAGGGUGCCUCGGCCUCCGCGUCUCACCUGCACCCCGCGCCGCCCCGGGGCCCCCGCCUGAGCCGCUUUCCGGCCUGCGGGCCCCUGGAGCCCUUCCUCCCGGAGCCGGCCGAGCCGCCCGCCAAGUACCUGCAGGACCUGGGGCCCGGCCCCGCGCCCAACGGCGGCCGCUUCUACGAGGGCCCGGCGGAAGCGGAGGAGAAGGCCCCCAAGGCCGCCAGCUUCCCCCAGCUGCCCUCGGACUGCCGAGGGGGCCCCCGAGACGGGCCCCCCACCCUGCAAGGCUCCCCGGGCCCUUGCCUGGCCAGCCUGCGCGUCCCCCUGUCCCCGAGACUCCCCGACCCCAUGGAGCUGGCCAAGAGCAAGAGCAAGAAGCGCCGCAACCGCACGACCUUCAGCACGUCCCAGCUGGAGGAGCUGGAGAAGGUCUUCCAGAAAACGCACUACCCCGACGUGUACGCCCGGGAGCAGCUGGCCCUGCGCACAGACCUCACCGAGGCCCGGGUUCAGGUCUGGUUCCAGAACCGCAGAGCCAAGUGGCGGAAGCGGGAGCGUUACGGGAAGAUCCAGGAGGGCCGGAACCCCUUCUCCUCGGCCUACGACAUCUCUGCGCUGCCCCGAUCGGACAGUCACCCCCAGCUGCAGAACUCCCUGUGGCCCAGCCCCGCGGCCCGGAGCCCCGCCGGGCCCUGCCUGGUGUCUCCGGAGGGCGUCCCCUCCCCGUGCAUGUCUCCCUACGCCCACUCGCCGCACGGCAACGUGGCUGGCUUCAUGGGGGUGCCCGCCUCCCCCGGAGCGCACCCCGGCCUCUACUCCCUCCACGGCUUCUCCCCCGCCCUGGGGGACCACAGCUUCGAGGCCAGCCCCGACGUCGACUACAAGUCUCCGAGCCUCGUCUCGCUCAGGGUGAAGCCGAAGGAGCCGCCCGGCCUGCUGAACUGGACCACGUGAUGGGGCGUGUGGACACGCAGGCUGAGCUGCCACCCCCUGCCCUGUGCCCGGCGGCGCCCGCCCCACCCUGGCCUGGAAGUCAGAGGGGCACACCUUUGCCUCCGAGCUCCAGAUGGUUCCCGGGGCGGACAGAAUCUUCUCUCUCAGAAUGAGGCGGGCUGCCCAGGAGAGCGGGCUUGGAAGCCGGUGGGGAGAUUCCUGCCACACGCUGGGUCCCCACACCCACAUGCUGGGCUGGAGACUCCGUCCUGCCUCCUCCUUCAGCCCCUCCAACUGAACUGGCUUCGACGGAAGCAAGACAGGGUGGAAGCAGAGCAUCUGGUGACUUAGGGGAAAAGCAGAAUCUCCCAAGACCACCCGGGGCCUCACUCCCCUUCCCGCCACCAGGGGGCGUGCACCCAGCGGAGGGCCUGGCAGCUGCAGGGAGUUGGGGCUCAGGUCUCCCCUGCUCCAGCCGCCCCUUCCUUCUCCCCUGUGCCCCUCCCCAACAUGCCGUGGAGUCCUCUUCCCUCCAAGGGGCAGACAUUCCACCAGAAACCACCAAAUACCUGGAUUCUCCUCCUCGGGGCCAGGCCAGAGCUAUGCCACGGAGACCCUGGGCUCCCUUGGUUUACUGGCUGGGCGUUGGUAAGAAAGAGCCCCCCCACUCUGAGGCCCUGAGAUCCAGCCCACACUUCUGUAAAGACGCUUUUGUACAAACAAGUGUGCUGCCGGCAUAGUAAUAAAGGUGCAGUGUUUUGGACCCGGUGACUGCGUAUCUCAGGGGCUGGCACUGGCUAGCUCCAGGACUGGUGUGCUCAGG